GUUGAAGGUGAGCGCAGACGCUCUGAAGACGCUCGGCUGGAGGGACAUGGAACUAGUGCCGGCAUUUCCUGGAGUGAAGGACGCCAAUGCAGAGCCAAGACAAUGCAUCCCGAGAGGAUCACCAAAGGGCUUUACUCCGACAGGUGGUCUCAUCCUUCCAAGCUUGGGUCUUCUACCAGAGGCCUGGGAGCUUGAGGGCUCUGCCAGUCCUCCAGUUUGGGGGUUCCUGCCCCGAUGACCACGGUCACCACUGAUGUCUUCACUCUCCAGGCUUUCUCAAGUUCUGCUUUGAGGCCUUGCCCACCCUCACAUCCGCCCUCUACCGCCCGUCUCCUCCCAGCCGAGCCCACUCCCUCCUCACCAGCGGAACCAAUGAGACUCAGUGGAGAAAUUGCAGACCAAAAUCAACCAGUGUUCAGUGGGAGCGGAUUAAACAAGAGUUUCCAGGAGCUAGAAGCAACAAGCAGCUUCCUCUCACCUUGGACCACGAUGAAUGACGUGCAGGAAGCGACCUCUCCUGCGACCAGCCUGACCGGCCCGGCGACCUGCGUCACCAAAGUGGAGCUGCGAGUGUCGUGCAAAGCUCUGCUGGACCGAGACACAUUGAACAAGUCAGACCCGUGUGUCGUCCUCAUGGUGCAGAACAACGGGCAGUGGGUUGAGCUGGACAGGACAGAGGUGAUCAAGAGCAACUUGCAUCCGGUCUUUGGGAAGGUUUUCUGCCUGGAUUACUACUUUGAGGAGGUCCAGAAGCUGCGGUUCGAGGUGUACGACAUCCACGGCACCCACAGCAUAGGGACCCGUGACGAUGAUUUUCUGGGAGGAAUGGAAUGCACGCUCGGCCAGAUCGUGGCCCAAAAGAAAAUGGUGAAACCUUUGCUGCUGAAGUACGGGAAAUAUGCCGGCAAAUCCACCAUCACGGUGCACGCUGAAGAAAUAUCUGGCAACAACGGUUAUGUAGAGCUCUCCUUCUGUGCCAAGAAGCUGGAUGAUAAGGAUCUUUUCAGCAAGUCGGACCCUUUUCUGGAAAUAUUUCGAAUCAAUGACGAUGGAACUGAGCAGCUAGUCCACAGAACCGAGGUGAUUAAAAACAACCUGAACCCAGUGUGGGAGCCUUUCAAAGUGUCACUCAUGUCUUUGUGCAGCUGCAACGAAGAGCGAAAGCUCAAGUGCCUGGUGUGGGAUUAUGACUCCAGGGGGAAGCAUGAUUUCAUCGGCGAGUUCUUCGCCACAUUCAGGGAAAUGCAGAAAAUUUCCAGUGGAAAUAAGGUGUUGUGGGAUUGCAUGAAUCCCAAGUACAAACAGAAGAAGAGGAACUAUAAAAAUUCCGGAGUUGUCAUUCUCACUGACCUGAAGCUCCACAGAGUUUAUUCCUUCUUAGAUUACAUCAUGGGAGGAUGCCAGAUUCAUUUUACAGUUGCCAUUGACUUCACAGCUUCCAACGGAGACCCCAGGAACAGCUGCUCAUUGCAUUACAUCAACCCGUACCAACCCAACGAGUACCUAAAGGCUCUGAUUGCCGUGGGGGAGAUCUGCCAGGACUACGACAGCGAUAAACGAUUUUCAGCAUUGGGGUUUGGUGCCAGAAUCCCUCCAAAUUAUGAGGUGUCACAUGACUUUGCCAUUAACUUUAACCCAGAUGACGAUGAAUGUGAAGGCAUCCAAGGAGUGGUGGAGGCAUACCAGAACUGCCUCCCAAAGAUCCAGCUGUACGGCCCAACAAACGUUUCACCCAUCAUUAACAGGCUAGCCAAGGUGGCAGCAGGCGACGGCAACAUUAAAGAUGCUUCUCGAUACCACAUCCUGCUCAUCCUCACAGACGGUGUGGUGACGGACAUGGCCGACACGCGUGAAGCCAUUGUUCGAGCCUCCUACCAGCCGCUUUCCAUCAUUAUCGUUGGCGUGGGAAACGCAGACUUCACAGACAUGCAGAUUCUGGAUGGAGAUGAUGGAGUCCUGCGGUCACCGAAGGGUGAACCUGUUCUCAGAGACAUCGUGCAGUUUGUGCCAUUUAGAGACUUCAAAACGGCUUCCCCUGCAGCCCUGGCCAAGUGCGUCCUGGCAGAAGUACCCGGUCAAGUAGUUGAGUAUUUCAGCCACAAGGCCAUCCCCCCCAUGAGCCCGAUGAGAGAAUUGCUGAGCCCCAUCCUGAGCCCAGUUGCCACCACCCCGACAGAAUAACGGGCCGCUUUGUUCCUGUAACGACCUUUGAGCACAGUGCCAGUCCGGCCGACCAAUGGGGGAGGGUGAAGAUGCAUGUCUUUCACCACUUUGGACUAAAACUGAAGAGAAAAUCCUUCUCAACAUGUUAUUUAUUUUUCACUCUCAGCAAAAUGUUUACACAAGGACAGAUUUCCAGAGGUUGUGGUUCAUAUUCCUGUGCUCAAUGUGGACUGAGCACUCAUACCUGACUGACCAUCCAGCUGUUUCAGCGCCAUGAGUCCUGAUUUUUGAGCAUGUUGGGCCAGACCCCCAGUGAUUUCAAUUUUUGUUUUUGCGCAUAAACUACAGUAUCUCACUUUAGUCUAAUAUGUUCCCCUUCUUCCAUUCAAUAUUUAGGUCAUUUUUAAACACACUGCAAUCCGUAUUGAAUUGUUGCUUGACAAUAUUUAAUCACGAUAAAUGAAUCACGGAAAAUGCUGCGGUUUAUUAAUCAGACUUUUCUGAGUGUUUUUCUGGGAGAAAGAUUGGCCUUAAUUUAAAAUACAGUGUUUUUCCCCAUAAAAGCUCAUAAAUGUAAAUCUAAUCAUGGAAAUCGGACCUUAGCAGACACUGUAAAUAUAUAUUUUUUAAACUUAAGGCUAAAAUGUACAUUUUGUUCCAGUCAUUGACAAUAAAUCAAAAACUGCCCUGCAGGCAUGGACGUAGUUUUGGGGGUGGGGGCGGGGGGCCAUGACCCCUCCUCUCCUUCACUGGUGGAGCACUAGGACCAAGCAAAAAAGAAAACAACUGCUUGUGUUGAAGCCUGUUUCCCUUUAGACCCAUCCAUAAGCUCAUCUAUUGGCUCUGCUGAUACUUGCUAACGUGUGAUUGGCUGUUCCUGCCACCUGUGUACUUGACAGUUCUGCAUUCUUGACACGGCAUAGAAGAGCCUCUAGAAUGUAGUUUUAUACAUAUUUUUAGUAUACUUACUGUAAAGACCCCCCCCCCCUCCCCGUCCUCAUACCAGUUGUGUCCCCCCACUUCUAAAGUUAAAACUACGUCCAUGCCUGCAAUUGCAGUAAAUGACAUCUAAUAUUUGUAAAAUAAUCAUAAAUAACACAUUCUAAAUAAUCAUUGUGUACGUUUAGUUUAAAAAGCCACACCAUCUCCUUUUUCCUUCCUCAGUUUCUCAGCUUGAAUUUUGUAAAUCUGCAAGUUGAACAAAAAGUUUCACUUUUUCAAUACCUUCACACAUUAUAAAUUGUUAUAUCAAUCGACAUGGCCAGUAAGCUGUGACGCAGAUGAUCAAUGGUUGCACCUAUUCUUAUUUUUUUGUCAAGUUGCUCCCAUGUACAGAUCAUGCCUCCUGCAUGAUUUCUUCUCUGAACUGUCGUGUUGUCAUCCUUUUGUCAGUCAUCAUGCAGGCGGCAUCUGCUGUUAGUUUCACUCUGUAUUCGAACCAAAUGUUACUUUAUGCUGCUUUUUUAUGCAAUGUAAUUCUUCAAGUUUAAAUCAAAAGAAAAGUACAACGCUGAUCAGUUCUUGCUGUAACGUGUUCAUAUUGAUUUCAUUCACAUCCAGAUAAUAAAUUCUUGGAAAUGAUUA